UUCAGGGUCCCACCACUCCCCCACCCCCACGCUGGCUCUCUGCACCUUCCCUUCUCUCCCCCUCUCAGGCUCUCUGCCCUUCAGCUUCAGAGGAGAGUCGUCUUGGUUGUCACCACAGUACUAGCUAGUGCAAGAGAGAAGCGGCCAUUUCUUGCGCGCUCGGAGGGAAGGAUGGGAGGAGAAGCGGCGCCGGCGGCGGUGAGGGUGCUGGUGGUGGACGACUCCCCCGUCGACCGGAAGGUCGUCGAGCUGCUGCUCAGGAACCACAAGGGCAGCGAAGGGCCAUUCCAUGUUACCUCCGUUGACAGCGGCAAGAAGGCGAUGGAGCUUCUCGGGCUCAAGGGACAAGCGAAGCUGGAUUCGUCUGCUGCUGAUGCUAAUGAGUUCACCGUUGACAUCGUGCUCACCGACUACUGCAUGCCGGAGAUGACUGGCUAUGACCUUCUCAAGGCCAUCAAGGCUUUGAGCUCCCCAAAUCCGAUCCCGGUUGUCGUGAUGUCGUCGGAGAACGAGCCCCAGCGGAUCAGCAGAUGCUUAACUGCCGGUGCUGAAGAUUUCAUCCUAAAGCCUCUCAAGUCCAAGGACGCGCAGCGCUUGCACAACUGCUCUGGCGCUGCUAGACCGAAGGAUGCUGCCGACAAUCAGUGCGAGAGCUUGAGCUGCAGGAGGAAGCCACACUCGGAUCAGAUUGCCAACAAGGUCACGCCCGAGCAGAGAUCACAAUUGACAGGACUAGCCAUGGUGCUGAAUGCUUCCAACACCGAGCUGUCGCAGUACUUCCAGUUCCUCUUCAAGUUCAUUCUGCUCGCGUAUGCGGUGCUGUGCCUGAGCGAGCUCCUCCACAGAUGGUCCAAUACCUCCUUCCUCUCCCUGUGGUCUGCAUGAGACAAGAUCAAUCACUAUGAGUGCAACUAAGGUUGCAAGCUUUCUUUUUUUCAUUUUCCUGCAAUUCAGCCAUGAGGACCGAGCUUUUCCUCCUCCCUAUAUUUCAACAGUCCAGCAGCACCUCUCUUUAGGUAGAAUAUGUUGUUUGUUUGGAGA